AUGACCUCUCACCAAUCCUACCGCAAGACGGUCCUGGUGACUGGUGCCAAUGGCUACAUUGGGUUCGCCGUCAGCAAAGCCUUUGUACGCGCCGGCUAUCGGGUUUUUGGACUCGUGCGGCGGGUCGAAGCCACUGUCGACCUGCAGGUCAACGAGAUCACGCCUGUCGUUGGCACCCUGGAUGACAUGGCCUGGGUGCCCAAUCUCCUCGAGGAGAGCAACACACUCAAUGUCAUCGUCAACUGUCUCGAAGCCUAUCCCGACUACGAAACGGUCUACCAGAAGCUCAUCGCCCUUUUCCGCCAAAUAUCUAUAAAAGGCAACGAGAAUGGGGUCCGCCCCCUGCUGUUGUGGUCAUCAGGCUGUAAAGACUAUGGGAUUGACGGCGCUCUUCACGGUGAUCCUGGCCUUGUGGCUCAGACUGAGGAGAGCCCCGUUGACGGGACGGCUGAGGCAGUGCGCUCGCGUGCCGAGACGUCCCUCCGAGUCUUCGAUCACCCAGAGCUCUUUGACGGUAUUGUCCUUCGCCCGACUUGUGUCUACGGCUACUCGAGUAGCUACUACGGCGCCAUGCUAGACUACGCUUCAGAGCAAGCCGACAAGGGUGAGCGAGCUCUGCGCAUCCCCGUGGACCCCAGGACACCGAUGCACGCGUGCCACGUCGACGACUGUGCCGAAGCCUACGUCUCGCUUGCUGAGCAUGCGCCCCGCGCUGAUGUCGCCAAUCAGGUGUACAACAUCUCAGCUCACCGCUACGAAACAGUUGGGGAAAUUGGCCAUGCCCUGGCUGCUGCGUACGGCUUUCCGGAUGGCGCGAGGUUCCCCCAAGAUGGGGGCGACUGGUUCCCGCCUCGGCUGUAUGUCAUGUUCAACUUCCCCCAGUGGGUGGGCAGCGGCAAGAUUCGUAGGGCAACGGGCUGGACGGACAAGAGGCCCCUCUUCCAGGAGGACAUUGGAGUCUUCAGGGCGGCGUAUGAGGCAGAGAAAGCUCGGGGCCAUGAGAACAUUGCAAAGUCGUCGCAGCGACUGCACGGAAUGGGCACCUUAGUCCACCCUCAGUGA